AUUGAAUUGGAUUUAUACAUCAUCAUAAAGAAGCUUUCCAUUGAUGUAUGGUUUGAUGGAUGAUAGGACAAUAUUUGGCGCGAGAUACAACUAUUUGAAAAUCUGCAAUCUGAGGGUGAAUUUUUUUUUUUUAUUUUUUUAUAAAUAUUGAGAAAAUCGCCUUUAAAGUUGUCCAAAUGAAGUUCUUAGCAAUGCAUAUUACUAAUCAAAAAUUAUUUUUUUAUAUAUAUUUACAGUAGGAAAUUUACAAAAUAUCUUAAUGGAACAUUAUCUUUACUUAAUAUCCUAAUGAUUUUUGGCAUAAAAGAAAAAUCUAUAAUUUUGACCCAUACAAUGUUUUUGUGGCUAUUGCUACAAAUAUACCUGUGCUACUUAUGACUGGUUUUGUGGUCCAGGGUCACAUAUAAUUAUACAUAGCAUUUAUUUGAAGUAGAAAAAUUGUUCUUUUGAACUUUUUAUUCAUCAAAGUAUCAUGAAAUAAAUGUAUCAUGGUUUCCACUAAAAUAUUAAGCACAAAAACAUUGAGAAUAAUAAGAAAUGUUGAGUACCAAAUCAGCAUCUUCUAUUGAUUUCAGAAGUCACGGCAUGUGACACUCAAAACUGGAGCUUUCAGCUUUGCAUCACAGGAAUACAUUUUAAAAUAGAAUGAAAGAGAAAACACUUAUUUUAAAUUGUAAUAAUAUUUUACUGUAUUUUUGUUCAAAUCAAUGCAGGCUUGGUGAACAUAACAGACUUUCAGAAACAUAAAAACAAAGUACAUUUUGGACAAUAGUGUGCACAGCUUUUCCUUCCAACAUAAAUCACUUUUCACUAUUUAUUGAUUGCGUUUUCUAAAAUAGCUACACAUAAAGAACAGAAAAGAAUACAGGAGGAAAUGAUGUGUAAGUAGGGAACUCUAUUAUCAGGAAGACAUGUUCAGCAAGCAGGAAAGGAUAACCUCUUCCAAUUCUCUCCACUUCCUGAUUCAUAUUACUCACAUUGAAGGAUCGCAGCCAGUCCAAGCCAUCCUGCCAAACUCCACUAGUCUUUCUUCUUUAGUUGUUUUAAUCAAAUGCAUUUCUUAUGUGGCGUGUGUUUAAAAACCGAAUUAAAUCCAGAAACCUAGAUUGCCUUUUGUUUAGUGAUCUUUUGUAUUUUAUUAGCCUGGGAAAGGGAGGGAAUGGUCUCCUUGUGUUUGCGUUGGCAGGAGCAUUCAAGUUUUUAUGCAUGUCUAUAUGUGUGUGUGUGUGUGUGUGUGUGUGUGUGCAUUUAAGAUGGGUUGGGGGUUUAGUAACAGCGUUGUGCUGCAGAGAUCCAUGGGAAAUGUUGUAUAUUCCUGUUGCUUUGCAACCGCUGUGCUCUGGCCAGAUGGCAGGAGAGAGAGAGCGAGACAGAGAGCCUGUCUCAGACCCUCGUCUGCCUCACACCCCCUUUUCCUGCACUGAAGAGCGAUGUGUUUUCUACAGAGCCUCCUAAUGAACUUUUACGCAAGCCAAAGGACUUUCUCAGGCUGUCUGAGGGCUUGAUCCGAACCUCUUAGAGACGAAAGUGCUCUGUAUGCCGAACCCUUAAGGACAGGGUCUUUUCCCCAGUCAUGGGAUGCAUGUUCUCUUUGCCUCAGGACAGACUGGCCGCUGCAGAGAGAACACCACAAAUACGUGAGACCAGCUUUGUUGAGAAAAUGAAGAAAACGAACCGAAACAUUGUGGUGUUUUAUGGAUCCCAAACAGGGACUGCUGAGGAAUUUGCUAACAGGCUGGCGAAAGAUGCCCAACGCUACGGCAUGAAAGGCAUGGCCGCUGACCCAGAGGAGUAUGACCUGUCCGAGCUGUCUAGACUGAAAGAGAUUCCUAAUUCCAUGGCUGUGUUCUGCAUGGCAACCUAUGGAGAAGGAGACCCCACAGACAACGCUCAGGAGUUCUACGAUUGGAUGCAAGGGACUGAUGAUGAUCUAGAGGGGGUCAAUUUUGCCGUGUUUGGUUUAGGAAAUAAAACAUAUGAGCACUUCAACGCCACAGGCAAGUAUACAGACAAGAGGCUUGCUGAACUUGGGGGAAAUAGGGUCUUUGACCUGGGCCUCGGGGAUGACGACAGCAAUUUGGAGGAGGAUUUUAUCUCUUGGAAGGAACAGUUCUGGCCUGCGGUAUGUGAGUUCUUUGGCGUGGAGGCCACGGGAGAAGACAGCAGCAUUCGGCAGUUUGAACUGGUGGUUCAUAAUGACAUCAAUAUGAAUCAAGUGUACACCGGAGAGAUGGGGCGGCUCAAAAGCUUUCAGACACAGAAACCGCCGUAUGAGUCAAAGAAUCCUUUCCUUGCAACUGUGACUGUUAAUCGUAAACUGAACAAAGGAGGAAAUCGGCACCUGAUGCACAUCGAGUUAGAAAUCACAGACUCUAAAAUCAGAUAUGAUUCUGGAGAUCAUGUUGCUGUUUACCCCACAAAUGAUGCUGCGGUGGUCAACAGAAUAGGAGAGAGACUUGGAGUAGAUCUUGAUACUGUAAUCUCUCUCAAAAAUCUGGAUGAGGAAUCCAAUAAAAAGCACCCGUUCCCCUGUCCAACCACAUACCGCACGGCACUGACUCAUUACCUUGACAUCAACAACACGCCUCGCAAAAACGUGCUGUAUGAGCUAGCGCAGUAUGCCUCUGAUCCGCAAGAACAAGAGAACAUGCGCAAGAUGGCGUCUGCUUCACCUGAAGGAAAGGCUUUGUAUCAGAGUUGGGUUUUGGAUUCUGAGAGGAACAUACUAGGUAUUCUAGAGGAUCUACCUUCCCUGAAUCCUCCUAUAGACCACCUGUGUGAGCUCCUUCCUCGACUUCAGGCUCGAUACUACUCCAUUGCCUCCUCCAGCAAGGUCCAUCCAACCUCUAUCCACAUCUGUGCUGUGGUGAUAGAGUACACCACCAGGACAGAAAGAGUCUUCAAGGGUGUGGCCACCAACUGGCUUAAGAACAAAGAAGUGACCGAUAACGGCCAUAAGCACAUCGUUCCCAUGUAUGUUAGGAGAUCCCAAUUCCGGCUGCCAUUCAAACCCAGUAACCCUAUAAUCAUGAUUGGGCCUGGUACUGGCAUCGCCCCCUUCAUGGGCUUCAUCCAGGAGAGAGCAUGGCAGAAGGAACAAGGGAAGGAAGUUGGUGAGACGAUACUUUACUUUGGUUGUCGCCAUAAGAACGAGGACUUCCUGUAUCAGCAGGAACUAGAGGAGUUUGAGAGGGCAGGUGUGCUGACACAGCUUAACGUUGCCUUUUCCAGAGACCAGGAGCAGAAGAUCUAUGUGCAACAUCUUCUGAAGAACAACAAGGAGCAGUUGUGGAAGCUCAUUCAUUCAAAUAAUGCCCAUAUCUACGUUUGUGGAGAUGCACGUAACAUGGCUCGUGACGUGCACACGGCCUUCUAUGCGAUUGCAGAGGAGGUGGGCGGCCUGACGCACACUCAAGCUGUGGACUAUUUCAAGAAGCUGAUGACCAAGGGCCGUUACUCGCAGGACGUUUGGAGCUAAGCUAAUUGAUAAACCAAUGUUUGCCACUUUACCUCAAGCCAUCAUUUCUCCAAAAGCUAGAGCUAAAACAUUUGAGAAUUUGCCUGGACUGAUUGGUUAUAUAAUAGAGAUUUGAUGAAAGAUACUGCACUCCAACAUCACACAAAAGCAUGGUUUAACAUUCUUCCUUCAGAUGAGUUUAGGAUAUUCAACCUACUGCAUCAGGAAACUGAUCUGACUGCAUUUGAACCCUAAACGGCAUUGGAUGAUCAUGUAUACGCAAAUGUAGGUCAAGGAUGCAAAAUUCUUAUUUUUCUGAACGAGGCCUUAUAAAAACUAUUCAUAUGUAAAUGUUGUCAUACUCUUUUUAUUGUUUUAUCUCUAUGUGAAAAGACUGCAAGUAUCACUUUGUGACGUACUGUAAAACUUUAGAUUUUGUUUUUGUGAUAUUGUGCAUCAAAACAUCCUACAAUGUGUUACAGGAAAUUAACAUUUUAGGUCAGUCAUGCUUUUUUGAUCAUGUGAUGUUUGUUCCUUUUUUUUAUUUCUUGUUGUUUCAAGAUAUUCUGCCACUAUUUUUAUGCAUUAUUUCACAGUAAUGUUAAGUAGCAGUGAAUGAGUAAUUAUGCAAUCAACAUGACUCCCAUCUUUGGGUGAAGUGUUACAUCCUGUUAGUCAAUUUUUAAAGUUUUAGUAACUGGUUAAGUGUCUAAUGGUCACAGGAAUAUAUUAAAUAUGUAUUUUCCCUAACAUUUUAGAAGGUGCAUUUAUAUAAAGAAAAGUAAGUUCUUUUCUUACGCUUUUCUUGACUGGUGCGCCUAUUCCACUGAUUUCUACUCAUGAUAUUAGAAUUGACUCUUCAAUUCAUCUCCCUAGUGAGCCAAAGCUGCCACUGCAUUGCCCAGCAUUGUGGUUUUAAAAAGAGAAGCUUGCAUUUGUUUAAUUUUAAAACUUAAUGCAUCAAUACUGCUUGGGAAGAGAAGUGUCAUUGUGAUGUCAGAUGUUUUGUGCAAAAUUGUGAUUUAAGUCAUGCAAUGUUUGACAAUUAAAGAAUAUGCACAAACA